UGCAAGCUGUUCCAUAUGAGAUGGCCAGACCUCUGAUGACUGAGUGGUGACUGAGUGGGAAAGGCAAAGACCAAGCUGACUGGUUUAAAGUGAAACUUCUGAUCACCAGAGAGAACACAGAAGGCAUCCCAGACUUAUUUCUGUGGUCAAAGUUGGCAUGACCAGUCAGGCAUGGUGGUACACACCUUUAAUCCCAGCACUUGGGAGCCAGAGGUAGAGAGGCUGGACUGGUGUCCGAGCACUUUUCUCAGGCCCCGCAGAAGCUAUCCUCCUACAUCUGGUUCGGCAGCGUCCGACUCUUCCACUUCCGCGUGCCCCCCGACACCGUGCUGGUGCGCUGGCUGCUUCACAUGUCACAGGGUGGCCCCCUGUGCACCGACAUAGAGAUCAGUGUGCACUUCCGCUAUGGUGCCCCUCCUGUCAUCAACCCUCUGGCCACCAACUUCCCUGAGAACACCUUGGGACAGGGUUCCUUUCACAUCAGGGCUCUGCUGAGCACUAUGCUGCUGGGUAACACCUCUGUCAAUGUCUCCCACCCAGCCGCUGGGGACUGGUUUGUGGCUGCCCAUCUGCCUCCCUCAUCGCAGAAGAUUGAAGUGAAGGGCUUUGUUCCUACCUGUGCCUACAUCUUCCAGCCUGACAUGCUGGCCACGCGAGCAAUGGCAAUUUCCAUCCUAGAGCCUGAUGUACCCCUUCGGCAGACCCUGCUAUCUCAUCCCAGCUACCUCAAGAUAUUUAUCCCCGAGUACACCCAGGAACUUCGGCUGGAGCUGCAGGGUUGUUUAUCCAGUGUGAGCCCAGGCUGCCCUGUGCGUCUCACUGUGGGAGCGGCCACUCUGCCUAGAAACUUUCAGAAGGUACUGACUUGCUCCAGUCCUACCAAAUCCUGCUAUCUGCUGCUGCCCUCACCACCCUGGGGCCGGUGGCUGCAGGUGACAGUUGAGAGCCUGAUAGGACCUCAUAUGUCAGUGGCCUUCACAGCUGAAGCUGCCCUCACAGCAUGUAGACCAUGGAGUGUGAUCUUCCAAAGUCUUAUGCAAAACAACCCAAACCAGAGUAAUGACACUUCUGCAGGUCAACUGUCCCAGGCCCCUGCCCUGCGAAACCUGAGUAGGAGCGAUGGUGAAGGCAACAAUCUUUUCUGUCUUCUGAACUAUCCAGUCAUGAGGGAGGACAUGGACGUAGUGUCCGUACGCUUUCAGCCCCCGGAUGGGGUCUUAGUAUUGGUAUAUUCGUACAAACCUUCUGUAAUGCGACUCCGCCUUGACACUGGCAUGGACAAUGGGGGCACCCUCACCAUCGUCCUGAGGACCAACCAGACAGGAGUCACAAAUAACACCUUGGUAGCUGCCUGUUUGAAUGCUGCCUCACCCUUCCUUGGCUUCAACACAUCACUCAACUGCACCACAGCCUUCUUCCAGGGUUAUCCCCUGUCUCUAAACAUCUCAUCUCGCAUGGCCAACCUCAUUAUCCCCUACCCGGAGACAGACAACUGGUACCUUUCCCUGCAGCUUGUGUGCCCUGAGAGUCCUGAGGACUGUGAGCAGGCCAUGGUCCAUGUGGAGACUACCUUGUACCUGGUGCCCUGUUUGAAUGACUGUGGACCCUAUGGCCAGUGUCUUCUGCUCCGCAGAUAUGGCUACCUCUAUGCAGGUUGCAGCUGCAAGGCAGGCUGGCGAGGAUGGAGCUGCACCGACAACAGCACAGCCCAGACCGUGGCCCAGCAGCGGGCAGCAGCACUCCUGCUCACGCUGAGCAAUCUCAUGUUCCUGGCCCCCAUUGCUGUGUCUGUGCACCGGGCCUUGCUGGUAGAAGCCUCUGUCUACUUCUACACCAUGUUCUUCUCCACGUUCUACCAUGCCUGUGACCAGCCGGGGGAGGCAGUGCUGUGCAUCCUCAGCUAUGACACACUGCAGUACUGUGACUUCCUGGGAUCCGGGGCGUCCACCUGGGUGACCAUACUCUGCAUGGCCCGGCUGAAGACAGUUCUGAAACAGGUCUUGUUUGUUGUGGGUACACUGGUCAUCGCCAUGGCCUUGCAGCUAGACCGCAGGGGCAUCUGGAAUAUGAUGGGGCCCUGUCUCUUUGCCUUCAUAAUUAUGGUCUCUAUGUGGGCAUACCGUUGUGGGCACCGGCGCCAGUGCUACCCUACCUCGUGGCAGCGCUGGGUCUUCUACCUCCUACCUGGCAUCUCCAUGGCCUCUGUGGGCAUCGCCAUCUACACCUCCAUGAUGACUAGUGACAACUAUUACUACACCCAUAGCAUCUGGCAUAUCCUACUGGCUGGGAGUGCAGCUUUCCUGCUGCCACCACGGGAGCAGCAGGCUGAGCCCUGGGCCUGCUCACAGCAAUUUCCUUGUCAGUACCAGAUCUGCAAGAAUGAUCGGGAUGAGUUGUAUGCGGUAACGUGAUGUGGCUGGCUUAGGGAUACCUGCUACACUGAAGACCUCUUCAGCCCUGCAGGGCAGGAACAAGGGAGAAGAGCCUUAUUCAGCCUAGAUUGGUUUCCAUCUGAAUAAAAUAGCCCUGAGACCCUUGGCUUCCUCUAGAGGAAAGGACCCCUCCUCUCCAAUAUCCUUGUGGCUACUGCUGACAUCUUCUGCAGGUCUCAGCUGUUUUUGCAGUGGCCUCUGGAGACCAAAGGUACCAUGUGUUGUAGGCAGGAUCCAGUGCUGUGGCUUGAGGUGUAGAGGAACCCCCCCCCCAUAGCCCUAUUCCUUUGUGAAGUUAUGAUGUGAGACUCAUUGGGCAAGGAAGCCUGGACCCCUCCCUGAAUGCCAACCUGCUUCAGCAUGGAGAUGCACUGCUGCUAGAGUUUCUAUGGGAGAGACCAAGGUCACUGGGGAGCUGCUGGGCCCCAGGGUACAGUACCCUGCCCAUCAUUCUCUGCUGUGGAGCCACAGAUCCUGAGAAGACCCUAGGGUAGGGGUGAGGGUGGGACUACUCAACUGUGUGAGCUGUUGCCCCAGAAGGUCCACACUGGCCCAACUGUGUUCUCUGCUCACCCCAGGGAUCCCGGGCACUUGCUUGUCAGGUGAGCCCACUUUUGAGUUGAUCCUAAGAGCCUACUGCUCCCACUUACUGGACCAAUUGAGCCUCGAGGAGGUGGUACUGGAGUCCUGGCCCAGCCUUUCCAGAGCCUUCUGGGAGCUCUGGACUGAUUGUCUAGAGCAGUGCCCUGCCCUUCCUCUCCCCCUGUCCUUUUGCGUGGUGGGUGGCAAAGGCCCUGUGAGGCUGGUGCAGAUGAGGCUCAGGGUUGGGUCUUCUGGCUUUGGGGCUUCUUUUCCAGGCCCUGUCCAGGGUGUGGGCUUCCAGUAGCCACUGGCAGCCUUUACUUGGCCACCAAAGCAGGUCUUGCCUCUGAAAAGGGCAAAUAUGUAUACAUUAUGUUACAGGGUGAAAAAGUAAGAUAUGAAGGCAUAUUUUUACUUGAUUAGUGAAUUUAAUACUCUACAGUGAUAUUUUUCAAGCCAAA